AUGCAAAGCUGUGUCUGUGCUGAAGAUGAUACAGCAGCAUUUGUGAAUUUGGAUAAGUUGGAAAGAUGGUGUUUUUCAGCCUUGGGAAGUUGUCUUUACUGUGAUCAAGAGCAGAGUUCAAAAUGUAGUCUUCUUUCCUGGAGAAAGAGGAAAUUGAGUUUCAAAUAUCCUAAAACCAAGGGGGAGCCAUUGUUGAAGAAACAUUAUGGAGAGGAUGGUGCAAAUGAUAUAGGCUUUGAUCCCCGACAGCUUUGCUCAUCUGACGAGUCUUCUUCUAGGGGGCACAAAUCCGAGGAAACUUCUCCGAUUUCAGUCUCUGAGUUUGGAGAUGAAAGUUUUGCUGUGGGUAGUUGGGAGCAGAAAGAAAUAAUAAACCGUGAUGGACAAAUGAAGCUGCAGACUCAGAUCUUCUUUGCUUCGAUUGAUCAACGAAGUGAACAAGCUGCUGGUGAAAGCGCUUGUACAGCCUUGGUUGUUGUCAUAGCUGAUUGGUUCCACUGCAAUCCUGAAGAUAUGCCCAUCAAAUCCCAACUUGAUUCUCUUAUCUGUGAAGGCUCGAUGCCAUGGAGGGAUCUUUGUGAAAACGAGACCUAUAGGGAACGUUUCCCAAAUAAGCAUUUUGACCUCGAGAUAGUUCUCGAGGCUAAAGUGCGUCCACUCUCAGUAGUCUUAGAAAUAUCUUUCAUUGGGUUUUUUCAUCCCGAAGGAAUCGAAAAAGAGGAAGGAUUCCACUUUCUUCAUGGUUCCAUGUCUUUUGACAACAUAUGGAACGAUAUUUCUAAGUCCGCUCAAGAAACUCCUCGUCAUGACGACUCCUGUGUUUACAUUGUGAGUUGGAAUGACCACCUCUUUAUCCUCAAGGUUGAAAAAGACUCAUACUAUAUCAUUGACACACUUGGGGAGAGGCUUUUUGAGGGUGGUAAUCAAGCAUAUAUCCUCAAAUUCGACCAAGAUACAAUAAUUAUGCAAGCACCUAGUGAGUCUCAACAAUCAGAUGAUAAGCCAUCUUGUGAUAGAAAAGUGAAAACCAAUGUCAAAGAGGCUACGAAUGAAAGCAAAAUUGUCAUGAGCACCAACAGCGACGACAGAAUGCAGGAAGAUAGGGUACCUGAAAAGAACAUCAUUUAUAGAGGUAAAGAGGCAUGUAAAGAGUGCAUUAAGAGUUUUUUGGCAACAAUCCCUAUUAGGGAGUUACAAGUUGAUGUAAAGAAAGGAUUGAUGGCAUCAACACCCCUUCAUCAGUGCCUACAAAUCGAGUUCCACUACACAAUGAGCUUUGUCCCCAAGUUUGAGGAGUUGUCUUCAGAAGAACUGUUUGCUAACAGUUUGGCCAUAGUACCAUUGGCAGCAGCAGAAUAA